AUGACAAACGAACCUAUUAAAGAGAUCCUGGGAGCGCCGAAGCAUCCUGAUCCCGUAACCUCUGAGAAGAGCAAUAACAAUGACUGUGUGAUAACCACCAUCCCCCUGGUCAGUGAAUGCCAGCUGACGGCAGCGACGGGGGGAGCAGAGCUCUCCUGCUACCGCUGCACCAUCCCCUUUGGCGUGGUCAUCCUCAUAGCUGGCGUCGUGGUUACUGCUGUGGCAUACAGCUUCAAUUCCCAUGGAUCGAUCAUCUCGGUGUUUGGAUUGGUCCUCUUGUCAUCGGGACUCCUUUUGCUGGCUUCUAGCGCGGUGUGCUGGAAAAUUAGGCAGCAAAAUAAGAAAGCGAAGAGGCGGGAGAGUCAGACAGCACUUGUGGCACAUCAGCGAACCUUGUUCGGGUAA